UGUCCAUGUUUGUUUACAUCACAAUAACCCUUGUAGUGUCCAUGUUUGUUUACAUCACAAUAACCCUUGUAGUGUCCAUGUUUGUUUACAUCACAAUAACCCUUGUAGUGUCCAUGUUUGUUUACAUCACAAUAACCCUUGUAGUGUCCAUGUUUGUUUACAUCACAAUAACCCUUGUAGAUCAGACUCAUAACAGAGAAACACUGACUUUAGACUUUAAAGACUUAAAUCAAUGUUUUGUCACAUUUUCAGUAAAAAGAGUUUUAAUGAGAAACAGAAUAGUUUCUUUAAGAAGAAAAUCUAAACUCAGUAGAAAGAAAGUAAAUAUGAACUAAAACAGAGAAUGAUGAAAUGAUGUGUUGUUGCCGGGCAGAUUGUUGGAGUCCAUCCAGAAGCUCCGGAAGGUUCUGCAGAGCUCCGCCCACUGGCUGCUCCUAUUGGACAAGAGCCAGUACCACCACGACCAAUCAAAGCCUUUCCUGCUCACGGACGACGUGAUGUCGGCGCAGGACGCGCUGCCGCAGAAGACCAAGAUAACGCUGAGCGAGGAGCCCAGGAUAUUGAUCGUCUAUAACCCGACGGAGCAGAUCCGAUCAUCCGUCGUUAGCGUCGUCGUCGACUCUCCGGACGCUCGAGUCAUCGACGCAGAAACUGGUCGACCAAUGGCUGCGCAGAUCUCUGCGGUGUGGGCGGAGCCAAGCCGGGCGUCCACAGACAGCUUUCAGCUGGACUUCCUGUCUGAACUCCCUCCUCUCUCAUUGGUCGUGUACCAUGUGACCCGAUCCUCUUCUGGCUCCGCCCCCCGGGCUCGAUACACCUUCCAUCGCCGCGGCAACCCUCCGACCAUUCACAGCGAGCACUUCCAGAUGUCCCGCCCCCAGGGCCCCGAGGCCGACGCCCCCCUGUCGCUUAGCAACAAGCACGUCCAAAUAUGGAGCUCCCCGGAAACAGGCCUGAUGCAGAAGCUGCGUCUGCGCGCGGGCUCUGAGCGCCGGGUCCAGGUCCACUUCCUGUGGUACGGAACCAGAACCGGAGCCAACCGGGACAAGAGCGGAGCGUACCUGUUCCUGCCGGGAGAGGAGGGGGCCCAG